CGUCAUUUAUCACUCUGCUCUGAUUGGUCAACAUCAGUACUUCCUCCACGCCGGAAGUGAGCUAAACAAGACAAGAUGGGGACUCGUCUGAAGGUUCUAAGCGUCUUUAAAUCGCUGCACAGAACAAGGAUGGACGUGUUCAAAGAUGACAACAGAGCACUGACAGCUGCACGAUUGAAGAUAAAUGACGAGUUCCAAAAAAACAAAAGUGAAACGUCAGAAGAAAACAUUCAGAAGAUGAUCAAAAUGGGCUUGAAUGUGGAAGCUGUUCUUCGAGAAGCUGUGGUACAAAUGGAACAUAUUGGAGAAGACACACUCUUGCUUCGACCCAGGGAGAGCCUUCUGCUAGAAAAUGUACCCUAUUGUGACCAGCCCAGGAAAAAGUCAUGACAGACCCUCACAAAAGAGACUCACUGCCAUCCAUAACCAUCCAUCUGCAAUUGAAAGGAUUCAACUAAAACAUUUUUACAUUAAAAAAGCUGUUUUUUGACUCACUUAAUAUGUCAGCUGUUCUGUUUUAAGAAAUUUGUGCUGUAAACUGGAUGACAGUUUCAUAUGCAGUGUCUUGUCGAAUGUAAUUUAAAUGUUUCCUUUUGAUUUGGAAGUAUUCUCCUUCAUUUUAUCUUAUUUAAGCUUAUGGUUCUCCUGGUUCUAGGGGGAAAAUGCUGCUUCGCCGCUACUGAAAAACAAUAAUUCACUGUAAUUAAUAAAGUAUUUCCAGUCUGAA